CUAGGUCUCCUUUACGCCGACCAAGGCAAGCUGCAAGAGGCGGAGGACAUGUAUCUGCCGGGCGCUUCAAGGGAACGAGAAGGCGUGGGGACCCGAUCAUACGUCAACACUCUCUACGGUUAACAACCUAGGGAACCUUUACGCCGACCAAGGCAAGCUGCAAGAGGCGGAGGACAUGUAUCUGCGGGCGCUUCAAGGGUACGAGAAGGCGUGGGGACCCGAUCAUACGUCAACACUAGACACGGUUAACAACCUAGGUCUCCUUUACGCCGACCAAGGCAAGCUGCAAGAGGCGGAGGACAUGUAUCUGCGGGCGCUUCAAGGGAAGGAGAAGGCGUGGGGACCCGAUCAUACGUCAACACUAGACACGGUUAACAACCUAGGGAACCUUUACGCCGACCAAGGCAAGCUGCAAGAGGCGGAGGACAUGUAUCUGCGGGCGCUUCAAGGGAAGGAGAAGGCGUGGGGACCCGAUCAUACGUCAACACUCUCUACGGUUAACAACCUAGGGAACCUUUACAAAAACCAAGGCAAGCUGCAAGAGGCGGAGGACAUGUAUCUGCGGGCGCUUCAAGGGAAGGAGAAGGCGUGGGGACCCGAUCAUACGUCAACACUCUCUACGGUUAACAACCUAGGUCUCCUUUACGCCGACCAAGGCAAGCUGCAAGAGGCGGAGGACAUGUAUCUGCGGGCGCUUCAAGGGUACGAGAAGGCGUGGGGACCCGAUCAUACGUCAACACUCUCUACGGUUAACAACCUAGGUCUCCUUUACGCCGACCAAGGCAAGCUGCAAGAGGCGGAGGACAUGUAUCUGCGGGCGCUUCAAGGGAAGGAGAAGGCGUGGGGACCCGAUCAUACGUCAACACUAGACACGGUUAACAACCUAGGUCUCCUUUACGCCGACCAAGGCAAGCUGCAAGAGGCGGAGGACAUGUAUCUGCGGGCGCUUCAAGGGUACGAGAAGGCGUGGGGACCCGAUCAUACGUCAACACUCUCUACGGUUAACAACCUAGGUCUCCUUUACGCCGACCAAGGCAAGCUGCAAGAGGCGGAGGACAUGUAUCUGCGGGCGCUUCAAGGGAAGGAGAAGGCGUGGGGACCCGAUCAUACGUCAACACUAGACACGGUUAACAACCUAGGUCUCCUUUACGCCGACCAAGGCAAGCUGCAAGAGGCGGAGGACAUGUAUCUGCGGGCGCUUCAAGGGUACGAGAAGGCGUGGGGACCCGAUCAUACGUCAACACUCUCUACGGUUAACAACCUAGGUCUCCUUUACGCCGACCAAGGCAAGCUGCAAGAGGCGGAGGACAUGUAUCUGCGGGCGCUUCAAGGGAAGGAGAAGGCGUGGGGACCCGAUCAUACGUCAACACUAGACACGGUUAACAACCUAGGUCUCCUUUACGCCGACCAAGGCAAGCUGCAAGAGGCGGAGGACAUGUAUCUGCGGGCGCUUCAAGGGUACGAGAAAACUACAGGUCCACCGAAUGAUAUUAGAUAUCGGCGAGCAAUCAAUACUGCACAGAAUCUAGGAGCCUUACUAUCUGUUCAGGGUAAGGCAGCUGAGGCUAAAAGAUUGUAUGAACGAGCUUAUACCAGUCUUCAAGCACUGCUUGGGCCUUCACAUAAAGAUACCCAAUCGUUGCGGAAUACUCUGUUGAAUUUGAAUGACACACUGUCAGGUACGAUAACGCCACACCAAUACACUCGAUAAUCGAGACCCAAGAUCGAUCGCCAGGCUGAUUUGAGAAGGCCAACGGAUCAAAUCGAUCAAGGACUACCUUAGCGUUGUCCCCAAUACCCUUCAUCAAUCCCUUCUCAUCCAUAUUGUAUUCAUCCUCGUCGGCCACUCCGUAUUUGAGCUUGGUGGCGUGGUAUAAAGCGAACCAUUCGUUAAUAAUCUCGGGCGUCAGGGCUUCUCGUCGGACUUGGUCCAGUCCCCGGGACUUCUUAAUAACCAAAUCGAUAUGUCUAGCAAAAAAAGAGUCAUGCCAAUUGCCCCCUAAGGGUUCGUGGUCGCCCUUGGACUCAAG